AUGGUUUCCCAGACGGCUCUUAUUGCGGCUGCAUUGUCGCUUGCUGGCCUGGAGUUGGUUGCUGCGCAGCAACCCAACGCUCACCAUGAGCACAAGCAACUCAAGCGUCAGUUAUUUGGCUCUUCCGACCAGUCGAACAACCUGGGUUGGCUUGAAUCGUUCCUGAGCUCAAACUCUGACUCUGGAACCACCUCUAGCACUACCACCUCCCAGAACUCUGGUGUUACCGCCGCUUCAUCCAAGGACUCCGACCCCGAUGUCGUUAUUGUGCCCAUCACCCUCUCUGUCGAUGAGAAUGGCAAGACACAUACAAUAACCGGCACUGCUAAUACUGGUGUUGCUACGGGUGCAGCUUCGACUACCACAAAGCAGUCAACUGUAGCCGAAGUUACCGCCUCUGCAACUACGGAGUCGCAGCCAACCGCAACUAGCACCUCGUCUUCUACGAGAGAGGACACUGAUCUCUCCGGUAUUCUGGGAAGUCUUCUUGGUGGGUCAAGCAGCAGUGAUAGUAGCGCUAGCACAACCCAAACCGGUAUCUCCCGCGCUGCCACUGAUUCGACCAUUUCGGAGACAGAGACUACUGAUUCUUCCACAUCACCAUCGUCAACUUCCUCGUCUGGUGGGCUGCUUGAGAGCCUUUUGGGUGGCAGCGACUCUUCAGCUUCCACUUCCACUUCCAGCACCACGUCUUCCUCAACCAGUACAUCAGACGGUCUCCUGGGUCUUAACUUGAACUUGAACGGCGAUUCUACAUCCUCCACCAGCACAACUACCGGGUCAUCACCUUCGGCAACCAGCACGAGCUCUUCUAAUGGUUUGCUGGAGAACCUCUUAGGUGACUCUACCUCCACUUCGACUUCAACCUCUACUGCCGAUUCUUCUUCAGCAACCAGCACUAGCUCGUCCGGUGGCUUGCUCGACGGUCUUCUGGGAGGUGACUCUACUUCUUCCAGUGGAACUACCACGGCUACAUCCCCUUCGGCGACCAGCACAUCAGGUGGUUUGCUUGAUGGACUUUUCGGGACGGAUUCUACAUCCUCGAGUGCGACUACCUCAGUGACAACUCCUACUAGCACAUCCGGCGGUUUGCUAGGGGGUCUUUUUGGCACUGAUUCUAGUAGCAGCGCCUCGACUGCUGUCAUACCCUCGUCAACAAGCACUAGCUCCGGUGGCUUUCUCGAUAGUCUCUUCGGCACCGAUUCUUCGACACCAACCCCUCUGCCAGGGGCUAGCAGCACUUCGGGCGGCUUGAUUGGCAAUAUCCUGCCCACCAUUUCUGUUAGCGUUCCUGAGUCAACUCCUACAGGGUCAUCCGACGCUGUGGCUAGUUCGACGCCCACUCUGCUUCCCCCGGACCUGACAAGUAUCCUUAUUCCCUCUUCCAGUAGCGGCGCAACUUCCGUUCCAGUCAUUCCUCAGGUUCCCACCUCAAGUGUUGCGGCCACCCCCACUCCGUCGGUAGGCAUCUCUGUUCCUUCAAGCUCCUCCGUUUCCGUGCAGCCGGCCCCUACCACAACUAGCACGGCUAGCUCGGAAGACUCCACCACUACGGUCGGGACAACAACUACCACCACCGUUGAGGCUGAGCCUACCGAUUGGGUGCCGACCAGCAUUAUCAUCGAGCCUAGCCCCACUGAAACUGAGACGUCCAGCGAAGAGACCACAACCGUUGCCCCUACACAGCUACCGGGAUCCAUCUCCCCAGCUGGAGGUGUCCCUGAUGCUCCUGAAGGGUCUACUCUGAUCCAGCUGGGUUUCACCCGGGAGCUCCGCUACUCGUUUGUCGCGACCCACUCUCUGUCUUCCUCGCAAAUCUUCUUGUACAUUCCCCAGGGUUUGAUGUAUGCGCUGGAGGAAGCUAGUAGCGACAUCGCUAUGUUUGCCAUUUCACCCUAUGACAGCGAAGCCACUACUGGUUACAUUGCUACUGUUGCCCAAGCCUACAUUCCCACGGAGAAAGUGGACGUCCUCAGAAAACUGCUUCACAACCCUAUUUCUCGACUCUACGACCAGCCUAGUGAAUCCGUAAAGACCCUGAUGUCAAUGAUUGAUCCCUCUAUUCCACUUCUCGUGGGCGAAUACGAUGACUCAUCAUUUGGCGGCAGCUCAGGGUCCGGCGACGGCAGUGGCAGCGAUGGCGACGGUGACGAUUCCAAUGACACCUAUGAUGACUCUACCGCUGGCGCCAGCAGCAGCGGCUCUACGAAGGCUAGCUCUGUCGGUAUCGGUGUUGGUGUGGUGGCUGGUGCCGCUGCCUACGGUGCCGGAAUGUUCUGGGUCGCACGCCGCUAUCGCAAGAAGCGUCAAUUGCACCGUCGCACCAGCUCCACUGCCGAUCAGAUGAGCGACCGUGGCGGAUCCAUCUUCGCUGGCGGCGGUCGCUUGUCUCGUGGCAGCGGCAGCCAACGCACACAGAUGAUCAGUGCUCCUGUCAUGGCAGAGAACUCUCUGGGAUGGAACUAA